UAAAACUUUUGUUCAACCUCAAUUCUGUCCAAAGUUUGCCCGUCAUGAGUCAAGUUUACCAUCAGGUUGCAAAAGCUGACCAAGACGAUCAAGACUACACUGAUAGUCCCAACAAGCACCAGCCUCCUGUUCGGGACCUUGACGAACAUCUCCUCCGUGGCCCAGACAUUCAAAAAAAAUGGGCAAAGGCGGAAAUGAAUAUGCAGCCUGAUCUCAAAUCGAUUUUUAGAGGAGAUUUGCAACCUGGAGAGAGGCAGUUACCCAAAAGCGACCGAAAGGGCGACCGCGACCACCUCUUAAAUGAGGAAGAUCGCGCCGAGAAUAUGAGAAAAGAAGCUGCAAAGAUUCAACAAAAGGGCGAUCCGGAGCAAGCGAGACAGGCCUGGAAGAAGGCUGAUGCAUUUGCAAAGAAAGUGGAAGAGGAUGAGGUGCUCUUGCUUUGUGAUGUGAUCUUCAACGAAUAG